AUGGAUUAUCACUCAACAUCACAGACUGACUCUCAACAGCCUGGAAAACCCUCUGCUGAGAGUGAACAGGAUCCCGAUUCAGCAUGCCCAGCCUUCCUGAAUGAGAGACGUAACCCUUUCAAGAUCCCUCAAGACUGUGAUAUCUUUGUCCUUCGUGAUAUUGAGAGAGAACGGAAGAAAAAGGAACAAAAUGAACAGAAGAAACUUAAGAUUCAUGAGAAAGUCACGUACGCAGCUCGAGUUAAUGCGAAAUUUGGCAGCCCACAAAAGGUGGAGGAAGAACCAAAGGAGGAUUCCGAGGUUGAGCAUCAGGCCAAUAUUAAAAAGUUGUCUGCUCUCAAAAGUGAUCCUUCGUGGAAGGUCAAAGUCACAAGAGAUCGUCAGAUUGAGAAAGAAACAUUGAAUGAUUAUAUCAACAAGAAAAGAGAGAUGUUUAUCUUGCAGUACUCACUGACCAUGAAGAAGGAUGAAAUGCGGAAAUUGGAUGAAGUGGCUGCAGCAGAGGAGAUGAAACUGGAGAAGGCUGAGCAGUAUCUUGAGGAAGACGCGGCCAUGUUUGACGAGUUCCUGAAAGAAAAUGACAAGAACUCUGUGGAAGCAAUGCGAAUAGCUGAACAGGAGACCAAACUGAAGCUGGAGAAAGUAGCUGAAAUCAAGAAAGUGACAACGCAAAUGAUGGCAGUGAAAAAUGAUAUUGUCAAAUUUGAAGAGACACUGAAGGAUUACCAGGUGUACAGGGACUUUCUGAUCAAAGUAUCUCCCAAAGAAUGGAAGGAGGAGAGGGAGAGAAAAAAGAAGGAAUCAAAGAUGUCACAGGAUAAAUUUGAGGAACCCCCUCCGAAACCAUCCAUUCCUUCAGCGACCUUACGAAGGCAUGGUAGCAAGUCCAACAUCCAGUCAAGCCAGGAAAUUCGAACGGUGACACUGGGCGUGAAGCCCUUACUCGACAGGAGGAAGAGUUCUGCUCACCCUCCAACAAGAGAGUCUGAGCCCGAAUGGUCUGACAGCGAUGAGGAACAGGAACUUUACUUCACGGAACCCAAGCAGCUCCUGGAUAUCUACACCGAACUGGAGGAACAAAACUUGUCGCUCAUUCUCAACUCACAGGAGACUGAGGAGGCGGUGGAGGAGAUCAAACAGGCCAUGGCUACUGCCCAGCUUAAGAUGAACUGUGAAACAGAUUUUCUGAAGCAGCAGUUGAACAUGCUGAAUGAAGCUGUAGCCAAGGAGGAGAGCAGGGCUGCAGAACUUGAACUCAAAGCCAAGAUGUUCUCCUUUAGCCAGAGCACAAUUGAAGAUCAGGAUAAAAUGCUGGAAGCUCUGGAUCAGAAAGUGGGAGAGGUUUACAGAGCCUGUAUUGGUGAGAAUGAGGCCAAUAUGAGUACAUUACAGAUGCUGACCAGUAUUGAGAACUACCUGGAAGACUUGUUUGAGAAUCUGGAGAAGCUUCCUCGAGAGAAGGUGGAAUUGGCACAAAGGAACAAAGAAAAGGAGAGAAGGAUGAGGGUAAGGGAGGAGAGACUGAUGGAAGAGAAGCUUCACCAGGAAGAGCGAAUCCACCGAGCAAUGAUCAGAUCUCAGGCUGAGCACCAGAAAAAGACUGGGAGGAAACUUGUGUAUCGAUCAAAGCCACCUUUAAUGAAGGAGCUGGAGAAACAGAACCAGAUCACCACUGACAAGGAAAAGGAGGAGAACGAGUAUUACUUUAGCAUGUAAAUCCAUGCUUAUGAAGUUCUGCAUCUCACUGGAAUCACUGUAUUGUGUACUUUCUCCACUGCUCACGGCUUGCAAUGGAGUUUUAGUUUAAGCAGUUUCUCCAAUGAUCUGUUUCUUUUCAAAUCUCAGCAACCCCCAGGCACAAUCUCAGCUGCAAGCAUCCAAAAUGUUUUAUAAAGUCUGAGCAGUUUUAGUUUUCUUGUUUAUGGAGCAGUGUGAGUUUGUAGUAUGUGUUCACAGAUAGUAUAAAUGAUUGAAAUAAAUGUGACUAUUUUCCUGUC